GCUAGCUGGACUCACUCCUUACCUCCUUCUCACCAGCAUUUCUUUAGCUUGUCAGCUGCAUCAUUUCACUCUAAAACCAUGGCCAAGGACAUGACUCUGCUGUGGGGACCUGGCUCUCCUCCCUGCUGGAGGGUGCAGAUCAUUUUGGAGGAGAAGAACCUGCAGGGUUACAACCAAAAGCUGUUCUCCUUCGAGAAAAUGGAGCACAAGUCAAAGGAGGUCUUAGCAAUGAAUCCUAGGGGACAGCUUCCAGCCUUCAAACAUGGAAACAAUAUCGUGAAUGAGUCCUGCGCUGCUGUCCUGUACCUGGAGAGACUGUACCAGUCCCAGGGAACCAAGCUGGUCCCUGACAACCCUGCUGAGUUGGCAGUCAUGUACCAGCGCAUGCUUGAGAGCGCCCCGCUUGGAAUGAAAAUGGGGGACGUUAUCUACUACAACAUGAAGGUCCCAGAGGGCGAGAGGCACGACUCUGCUCUGAAGAGAAACAGAGAGAAUCUGAAAGAUGAAGUCAAAAUGUGGGAGGGAUACAUGCCGGGAUCAGGCUGUUUCCUGGCAGGAAAGACCUUUACACUGGCUGAUGUGGUUAUUUACCCAGCAAUUGCUUAUCUCUUCCGCCAUGGGUUGUCUGAGGAGCACUACCCUAAACUGGCAGCUUACUACAACUGUCUGAAGGACAGACCCAGCAUCAAAGCCACCUGGCCUCAGGUCUGGAAGGACACACCAGGGCAGGACGUGCUGAAAAACCUCUAAAAUCCAAAAACUGCACCUGCUGCCGUUGCAUUAAUGUGUAACCACUCCUUGCACUGCACUAUUCUAGAAGUUCACAUGAUUAAAAGCUAUGCAAUUGAUAUGUGUUGGAUAUAAUCCAUACAUCAUUGUUUGUGACUUACUCUACAGAACAUGCUUUAUCAAUGUGCUGUGAAGAAAAUAAAAUAAAAAAAAAAAUAAUAAUUUGAA